CCAAUCCCAGUGCUUGGACAGGUAGCUGGAGCCGUCUGACCUCCGCUCAACAUGGCCGGUGUACGAGCCCUUGGCGUUCUCUCCAGGUUAACAUCACGGCGAUACGCGCUCUUCACAGCAAACAGUUUUCGAACCUUCUCAGUUGCUCCCGUCAUGCAAGCCAGAACCCACGUGGACUGUGAAGUCAAGGGAGAUGUUGCUGUUAUACGAAUGAAUGAUCCAAAUUCAAAGGUUAAUACCCUGUCAAUCCAAAUGCAAAAAGAGUUGACAGAAGUAAUGGAUGAAGUGUUGGCCAAUAAUGCUGUUCAGAGUGCUGUCCUUAUCUCCACAAAGCCAGGAUGCUUCAUAGCAGGAGCUGAUAUCAAUAUGAUCCAGGGCUGUGGCACUGCAGAGGAGGUCACCAAACUUUCUCAGGAAGGGCAGAGGAUGUUUGCACUGGUUGAGAAGUCUCCAAAGCCUAUUGUAGCUGCCAUCAAUGGUUCAUGUUUAGGGGGUGGCCUGGAGUUUGCCAUUGCAUGCCACUACAGAAUUGCAACAAAGAGCAGGAAAACAGUUCUCGGUACUCCUGAAGUCAUGCUCGGUCUUUUACCUGGAGCUGGUGGUACACAGAGACUCCCCAAAAUGGUUGGUCUACCUAGUGCCUUUGAUAUGAUGCUGACAGGAAGAAAUAUCCGUGCAGAUAAAGCCAAGAAGAUGGGGCUCAUUGACCGACUUGUCGACACCCUAGGACCUGGACUGAAGAGUCCAGAGGAUAGAACCAUUGAAUACCUUGAGGAAAUUGCUGUGGACUGUGCCAGAGGGAUUGCCAACAAGAAAAUCUCUCUUCACAAAGAGAAAGGCACAAUGCAGAAAAUUCAAGACUACAUCAUGAGCUUUGAACUUGUACGAAAUCAAAUUUACAAAACGGUACAAGGUAAAGUUAUGAAGCAGAGCAAAGGACUUUAUCCAGCUCCCCUGAAAAUCAUUGAAUGUGUGAAGACUGGUGUAGAACAAGGCCCUGUUGCUGGGUAUUUAGCUGAGUCACAGAAUUUUGGGCACUUGGCAAAAACCUCAGAAUCAGCAGCUCUGAUUGGUCUUUACCACGGUCAAGUUGCAUGCAAAAAGAACCGCUUUGGAACUCCUGAAAGAGAAGUGAAGACCCUUGCCAUCUUGGGAGCGGGUCUGAUGGGGGCAGGUAUCGCCCAGGUGAGCGUGGACAAAGGUAUGCAUACAGUCUUGAAGGACACUACAGAGGCUGGACUAGCCAGAGGCCAGCAGCAGGUCUACAAAGGACUAAAUGACAAAACUAAAAAGAAGAGCAUCACAUCAUUUGAGAGAGACUCCAUAUUGUCCAAUUUGACUGGCACGUUGGACUACAGCAGUUUUGAAAAAGCCGACAUGGUUAUUGAGGCCGUCUUCGAGGAUAUCAACAUCAAGCAUGCAGUCCUGAAGGAAGUCGAGGCUGUGGUCCCCCCACACUGCAUAUUUGCCAGCAACACAUCAGCUCUGCCCAUCAAAGACAUCGCUGCUGCAAGCAAGAGACCAGACAAGGUUAUUGGAAUGCACUACUUCUCUCCAGUGGACAAGAUGCAGCUUCUAGAGAUUAUAACCACUGAUCAGACAUCAAACGAUACGACGGCCUCAGCUGUGGCAGUCGGCCUGAAACAAGGCAAAGUCAUCAUUGUAGUUGGGGAUGGUCCUGGAUUCUAUACAACGAGGUGCCUGGCUCCCAUUUUGGCAGAAGCAAUUCGAGUUCUCCAGGAAGGGACUGACCCUAAGAAGUUAGAUGGCCUCACCACAAGUUUUGGAUUUCCUGUGGGUGCUGCCACACUGAUCGAUGAAGUGGGCAUCGAUGUCGCUGCACACGUGGCUGAGGACCUCGGCAAAGCUUUUGGCUCCAGGUUUGGUGGUGGAAAUGUAGAGGUUCUGAAGACCAUGGUGGAAAUGGAUUUCAAAGGUCGCAAAUCUGGAAAGGGUUGCUACAUCUACCAGCCCGGACUCAAAGUCAAAGACAUCAAUCCAGAAAUUGAAGACAUCCUUGAGAAAUACAAAUUAACACCAAACCCUGCUGUUUCAUCUGACUCUGACAUACAGUACCGCCUCAUAACUCGAUUCGUCAAUGAGGCGCUGCUGUGCCUGCAGGAGGGCAUUUUGAACAGUCCACUGGAAGGGGAUGUCGGAGCCGUCUUCGGGCUGGGAUUCCCUCCCUGCCUAGGAGGACCUUUCCGUUUCGUGGACAGCUUCGGCGCAGACAAGCUGGUGGAGAAGAUGAGGCAGUACGAAGCGGUCUACGGAAGCCCUUUCACACCGUGCCAGCUCCUGCUGGAUCACGCAAAGGAUCCCAGCAAGAAGUUCUUCAAGUGACCAAGCGGUGACCAGAUUUAUCAGUAGCACUUAACAGUAAAACUUCAGUCUGCCACUAGUAUGUGCCUGAACAUUUACAUCACAUGUGGAGGCAAAUCUGCUGACCUUCUGUCAGCGUGUUUUCAGCAGGAAUGGGUGAUGUGGUGAUUCUUUUGUACUUUAAGGUUGUCUAUUAACUUGAUAAAUGUAUAGACUGAGGAGCAUGACAUAGGUCUGACAAUGCAGAUGUAAAGAAGAGGAUCAAAAAGGAUGACAUAUUUCCAAACUCUUCUCUCUUUCGGCUGAAUGUGUCUUUUUCUUUUGUACAUUGAGACUGUCUGUCCUGGUUUGAGCAGUCAUGUAAAUGUGAAAUCAACAUAAAUAAAUUUUGCUAUUGAAUCACAA